UCUCACUCCACGACCGCAAAGCAACCGCAAUCGCAACACGCCGCAGCGGCGCAAAGACACCAUCGAGCUGCCGCCAUCACCAUGGAGCCUCUGGACGGGUCUGCGGACACUGUGCACCCGGAGGUGCGGGCGCACGUCAACUCGCUCGUCUCGGCGCUCGGUGGCAUCAGCGCGGACGGCGACGGCCAAUACCAGCUCGGCGACGACGCCCUCGAGGUGCUACGGGACAUCAAACGAUGGAUCCGCUUCUACGACGAAAAGACGAACCGCAUGGACGUGGCGCGAUGCCUCUUCGACGCCAACCUCGUCGAGGGCGACCUGCUCCCCAUCCUCGCGCAGUGGCCAGAGAACGCCAUGGACAACCGCUUCAAGGCCCGCGUCGCCCUGUCGUGCUUCGAGGUCAUGGUCCCGCUGACCUGGCCCAUGGACCGCGACAAGGAGCGCAUGACGGUCAACCACCACCGACACGUGCCCGUCCUGGAGCUGGCCCAGGUGCAGUACAAGCGCGCCAUCAUCAACUUUGACGGCGCCCGCAUCCUCCACACCGCGGUACGCGCGGCCCUACCCUCCAUGGCCAUUCCCACAGGCGAUCGCACGGCCCGCGACCACGGCAUCAUCAAGCUCGUGUUGUUCUUCCUCCGCAACAUGGCCAUGAUUGCGCCGCCGCCCAACGUCAAAUAUGACGGAGACGAGACCCAGAUAUCGAGAUCGGCCACCAUCGAUGCCUUCUCCUACCAAGACAUCUUCCUCUUCCUCCUCACGCUUGCGUCCAACAUGGGGGACGAGUUCCGCACCGAGGACACUACCGUCAUGGAAAUCAUAUACCACCUCGUCAAGCGCGUCGACCAGCAAAAGCUCUUCAUGGACGAGCAACAGCUGAACAAGGCCAAGGCCGGCGAGCUGUCCGCCAUGAUGAAUAAGGAGUCUGCGAUGCUCAAGGCAUUUAAUCGCAAGGGCCCGACGCGCCACAACCGGUUUGGGACCAUGGUCUGGGUCCAGCGCGACGACGGCAAGAUGUCGUCGCUGUCGGGGCAGGACGCGUUGGCCGACGCCACGACGCGCAAUCAAAAGAUGGACGGCAACAAGACGUUCAAGCCGCCGCGGCGCGCGAGAAAGGAGAACAAGGACGAGCGCGAUCUGGGCCUGCCGCAGAAGCUCAACGCCCGUGCCAACGACCAGCUCCGAGGGUUCGUCCAGGAGUUUCUCGACUCAGGCUUCAACCCGCUGUUUCAGCACGUGCGCAAGACCAUCGACCGUGAGGCCCCGCACGUCAUGCAGUAUCACCGGCGGCAGUUCUUCUACCUGGUGGCCUGGUUUCUGGAAGCCGAGCGCGUGAGACGGGCGUCCAAGAAGGGCGCGGGUGGCGGCGAGAGCGACGUCAGCAGUUUCAACCUGGUGGCCGGUGUGUUGAACCAGGAAAUGUUCAUCACGCUCAACCGGGCGCUUCACGAGUCGUACGACUACAAGGACUGGCAGGAGCUCGCGGCCGUGAUGCGAUGCUUCACGCAGAUCCUAUUGACGGUGCAGGAAAUGUCGGCGUGCGGCAACGACGACGACGAGGAAAUCGCCGAGAACGUGCUGAGCCGCUUGUUCUACGAAGAGUCGACACACGACGCCAUCGCCAACAUCAUACGCGGCUACAAGGACCAGGGCUUUGACUACCUCGAUGCGGCCACGGAGCUCGUGCACAACUACUUGCGCAUCCUCGAGGCGUACUCGAAGCAAAAUGUGGACAUGCAGGUGCGGUCGCGCAAGCGCACACGGCGCAAGAAGCAAGACGCUCAAACGGCCGGGGGAGACGGCGACGACAACCCCGAGGACAACGAAGACGAGUCGGCAGACGACGAGCAAAAUGCCGAGCGCACGUCCAAGGAGCGCAAGUUUGACUUUCACAGAUUCGCUGCCCGGUUCACUCCGCAGGGCGUGGUCGACACGUUCAUGACGUUUACCAAGUACUAUCGGGACCUGAGCGAGGCGCAGCUGAAGCGCGCGCAUCGAUACUUUUACCGCCUCGCGUUCAAGCAGGACAUGAGCGUCAUGCUGUUCCGGGUGGACAUCAUCCAUCUGCUGUACAACAUGAUCAAGGGCCCUGAGCCGCUCGACAAGUCGUCCGGCUCGUUCAAGGACUGGGAGGAGCUCGUGAAACAAAUUCUGCGCAAGUGCUUCAAGAAGAUUGAAGAGCGGCCGGAGCUGGUGGUGGAGAUGCUCUUCAGCAAGCUGCAGGGCACCGCCUUCUUCCUCGAGUACGGGUACGAGCGACAGACGACGGCCAGCAAGGCCAAAGCGCGGCCGGCGACGGAGCUGGAGUUUCGACACACCGAGGAGCGCGACCGACAGGUGGCGAUCGUGGUGGGCGCGAUGCUGGACAGGAACGAAAACGACCACAUCAACUGGGUGAAGCGCGUGCUGGCGGAUGCAGAGAACGAGCGACGGUCCUGGCAGGCUCUGCCGUCGGUUGAGGACCCCUUCGAAGAAGAGCCGGUGGGGGAGGUAGAGCCCAAGAAGCCCCCCAUGAUAACUGUACGUCCCGACGACCAAACCCACCGGACAGCCAUGUUCAAGAAUUCGUACCUACGCCUGCUCAUGACGGUAUGCGGCUUUCAACGGCUCGGCCCCGUCUCGGAAGAAACGGUCGACUCUGUAUGGAUCAUCCCCGACGACGUCGUUGCGGACCACCUGAAGGACUCGCUGCAUUUUAUAAACCAGGCCGAGUUCAGCCCGCCGACGUUUGAGGACGGCGUCCUCGCCGAGCACCAGCUGCGGCGCAAGACGGUGCCGCGCAAAAAGGCCGCCUUUGACGACGAUGACGGCGACGACGACGCCAUGCUCGACGACGAGCUGCUCUUCCCCGCCGGCGGGCCGACGGCACACCGAGCCAUUGACGCGCCCAAAAAGGCCAAGAAGACGCACCGUCGACGCCGCGCGGGCAGCGCAGAGCAGUCUCCAGACGAGGCGGAGCUGGACGAAAAGGCGCGCCGCCGCCGCGAAAAGGAGCUCGAGAAGGCGCGUCGCAUCAAGUCGGCGCUAUACGUGCGCGAGGGCGACGACGAGUUCGACUCGGACGAGGACGAGGCCUUUUUCGCGCGCGAGCGCGCCAUUGCCGAGCGCGCGAAGAAGGCGGCCGCGUCGGCGACGGGAGAGCUGCCCGGCGGCGGCGUGGCGACGGCGGCCCGCAAGAAGCGCAAGUCGGAGGCGCUGCUCGCCGUCAGCGACGACGACGACGACGAUGACGAUGACGAUGACGAUGACGAUGACGACGACCACGACGACGACGACUUGCGGUUCGCAAAGCAGGUGGUGUCUAGCCAGGAGGAGCCCGCGGAGAGCGAUACGGAUGACACGCCCGUGGACGUUAGCGAGGGCGAGGGUCGCAAGAGGAGGCGGCUGAGCGACGAGGAGGAGCGCGAGGCAGACGGCGACGUGGACAUGGAGGAGGUGGAGGAGGCAGCGACAAAGCAGCCCGACGACGGUGCCGCCCGUGAAGAGCCCGACGGCGAUGGCGACGAUGCGCCGCCGGUGGUGGUGACGAGGCGGCCGCGGGUCAGGGGCGGCUUCGUCGUGGACAGCGACGAUGACGAGUAAAUGACAUUGGGUUCGGCGUUGGGGCAGCACUGCUACGGGCACCAUGUACGGCAGGCAUCAUAAGCGUGCCAUGGAUACAUGUAUUACUUCUGGGGUCUAAGCGCCGCACGUUAUAUGUCGCUUAUCCAGGGCGUUUCUAAUUUGCAAGAUCAAAGAGGCCGCGGCCUCUGGGUAUACUAUAUCGCCCG